GGUGAAAUCGCUUGCCAUCUUUCAUGGUGUGACCUGUGGUCUGUCUGACUUGUGAGGGGCUGGUACAGUUUGGUGGAUGUUAGGCAUAAAUCAGAUGGCCUUCCAUGACGGUCUUGUGCCUUCAACUUUAAAACUUGACACCCGCCCAAAAACCCAUCAACCAAAUAGCACUCCUUUCUAAUUCUCUUCUCAAAAGCCCACUUUAAGUUCAUCCUCAUCUUCAUCAAUCUACAACUUUCUUCUGCCAAUUUUAUUGUUCUUUUGGUAAUCAUGGCAAUCAUGUACAAAAUGGUCAUUUUCUUCUCUAGUUGUAUUCUUGGGUGAGAGAGAGUUGGCUGUGAUAGAGAUCUGUUUUGUCUUUUGAUUUCCGCAAAGAUUUCAGGUUGUUAAAACCAAAGCUCAUAGAUUUGGUUCCAUGUAUCUACACUCAUCCACGUGGUACGCACUUUAAAAGUCUCAUUUCUGAUCAAACAUGUUAUUUAGAUUUUGUUCCUAUUUCCAAUUCAAAUCUUCCAAUCUCUAACUUACAUCUGUCCAUAAGUCACUGUCCGUACAAAUUUUGGUUCUUCCUAUGCAUUGGUGGCAAGUUCACUGUAUCUAGAUGCUAAGACAUUUUUAAGAAGCAGCCUUGGUGUCUGCUCUUUUUUUUCUUUUAAAUACGCAUGGUUUUCUAGCCACCAGCAUUCAAAGCUUGUCGGUUGCAGUGUUUACAGGUGUCCCUCUUUGUAAGUACCCAAAACUCGUGAAUUUCACCAAUCCUAAACACUUUACAUUGCCUCGAUGGAUAGUUCUUUGUCCUGAUUGGAAAACAAAUUUUAUUUUAGUUUCUUUUGUUUUUAUAUGUAUACACAGUUAUCUAUAGUUGUAAUCGCCAUUUCUUAAUUUGUUUGCAAUUGGUUCCUCGGUUAAUCCUCUUCUCUUUUGGAGCAUAUUCAAACCAGCCCAUUUAAAAUUUCCCCCAGUCUAAUGUUUUUCUUCCUGAUCUCCUUUUGCUCUUUCAUCCUACUUUCAUGGAAGAGUGGGAUGAGGUUGUUGUCACUGCCCUGGUUUUGGAGAGAAGUAUCAAGUCUUCUUCUGUCGUGGUUCGGAAAAAGUAGAUUUGCUAUUGAUUUCUUUCGAGUUUCCAUUGACAUUCCAUCGAUGAACAAGGCUGCUUGUUCAAGAGUGGGAGACUUGGAGGAGAAUGAGGAGGCUUCUUGUUUAUUGGAUUUACCCGAAUUGGCCUUGGAAUGCAUUCUUGAGCGGCUUUCGCCAGCUGAGUUAUGUACUAUGGCAAGAGUAUGCAGCUCUUUGAGAGAUGUGUGUACAAGUGAUCAUUUAUGGGAGAAACACAUGAAACAAAAAUGGGGUAAACUGAUUGGUGAUGCCGCCUAUCGUGAAUGGAAAUAUCACAAUGCUACAAGAAAAAGAACAACCCAUUUGGAUAGCAGAAAGCGUAAGGGUUUGUUAAGGUAUAUUCCAAGUUUGUGGAUUAAGCCAAAAUUGAGAUGUGUUAUUGAUCAGGGGAGUUCUUUAUCAGUUGAUUCGAUCAUGGAUUGGUAUCUCUCCCUUGAGAGUGGCCGGUUCUCGUUCCCGGCUCAGGUCUAUAACCGCGAGGUGCAGAAUGGCCAUAUCGGGUUUAUGUUGUCAUGCUAUGAUGCUGCAAUUAGUUAUGACUCCUGUACAGACACAUUUAGGGCAAGGUACUCACCACUUGGGGGGCAUACAAUAGAGGAGAAUGUAGAGUGGAAAAGGCUAAGAGCACCACCUGUUGAUACUCCUGCACAUGUUCUUCAUGUCUCUGAUUGCUUAAAUGAUUUAAAACCCGGAGAUCAUAUUGAGAUUCAGUGGAGAAGAAACAAGGAGUUCCCUUACGGUUGGUGGUAUGGAGUUGUUGGUCACUUGGAUUCGUGCAGUGGCAACAUAAUUCAUUGUCGAUGCCAUAGUAGUGACACGGUGAUACUGGAGUUCAAGCAGUACACCCCUGCCUCGCGAUGGAGUCUGGCAGUGAUAAACAGGAAGGACCACCGAGAAGUAGGCAAUGAAGUGGAUGGCUUUUAUGGAGGCAUCAGAAAGCUAUACCGCGAGGAGGACAUCUCAAUGUGGCUGCACCUACAGCCACUCUCCGUCUUGGAAUAAAAUGCACACAGCAUUCUACUAACACUCAUUACUCAUCUGUAAUGAACCCUAUAGCCAACCCCAAGUCUUGGAAUAGUAUGCUGCAGCUUGCACACAGCAUUCCACUAACACUCAUGACUCAUCUGUAUUGAACCACAAGCUUCUCUUUUUUGUUUUUUCUUUUUUUCUCUUCAAAAUUCGAAAGAAAUGUUUGAUCAUACAACUGUACAAGCAGUUUUUUAAGACACCAUGGUUAGGCUUUCGCUUUGUUCUAUAGAUAGGGAGGCCUGACCGAUGCAGAGAGGAUGUACCACUGUAUGAUGAUAUCCAAGUUUAUGAUGAAAAAUGCUAAUAUAGUUUUGUUGAA